AUGUCUGAAUCUUAUAUUCUUCAUGAUGUUAUGCGUAAAGUUAAAGCGGAUGGUUUAUUUGAUUCAAUUCGACGUGAUUUAAUAUCUGAUAUUGAACAAAAGUCAUCAUAUUUAGAUUUAAAAUCUCAAAUUGAAUCUUUAAUGUCAUCUUAUCUAUCUGAACAUAAAUGGAGUUCAUCAUUAAAAAAAUCUGAUAUACGUGAAAGAGCACGUCGUCAUAUAGAAACAUCCAAUUUAAUCAAAGAUACAUUACCAUCACUUGUUAAUCAAUAUAUGCAAACAUGUCAACAACAAUUAGUUCAACCACGUUUAUCAUCAUUUGUUUCUGAUCAUAUUCAACAUGUUUAUAAUUCUAUAGGUGGAACUCAUAUUUAUCGUCCAACAACAUCAUAUACACAAUCAAAUACAACUUUACAAGAAUCUUUAAAUCAAGAAAAAAUAUCUCAAUCAAUUAAACAAGAACAAAUUUCUUCAAAAAUCAAUCAAACUCCACAAACAUCAAAUAUAAUUCAAAAGAAAAUACAAUCAUCAACAUCAAUAUCAAAUAAAACUAAAUCAUUAUUAAAUCAAACAAAUUCUAUUAAAGAAGAAAAAAAAUCACAUAUUUUAUCACCAUUAAAUUCACCAAAUGAACUUGUUGAUAUAUCACCAUCACCACCAUCUAUUGAUAAUGAACGUACAACUAUAUCUUUAAGUCCAUCACCACCUCCACCAAUUGUUCGUAUUGCAUCACCAUUAACAUAUUCAACAAAUUCAGAUAUUUCACGAAAAAUAAAACAUUUACAAGAACAUAAUGAUGAAAGUUUAAAUAUAAAUAUAAAAAAGAAAAAAAUAAAAACUGAUGAUAUACAACAUAAAAAUAUUUCUGAUGAAAAAUUGGAUGAUGUUAUAUCAAUAUCAACAUCAAAUGAAAUAGAUACUCGUAAAUUACGACCUCGUCGACCAAAUCCAAAAUAUUCAAAAGAACAAUUUGAAAUAGAUGAUAUUGACAUCACAGAAUCAUUAUCACCACCAUCUGUAAGUGUAUGA